AUGGACGAGAAGGAGCUGAAUUACGAAGCUGGAGUUUCGCGCAAAAUCGCAUUCUUCGGAAUUUGCAUCAGCACUGUCUCAACGUUGACAUGUAUUAUCGCGAUACCUCUUCUGUACAAUUAUAUGCAGCAUAUUCAAACGACUCUUCAUAGCGAGAUUGACUUUUGUCGACAUCGCACAACAGGUCUUUUCAUUCAAUACGAGCGAAUGCAAAUGAAUGCCGGUGUGCGAGCUAAGAAGAUUGUUGCAAAGAGGCAAACAGGCUAUGAUUUCGGAGAAGUGCACAGUGGUCCAGAAAGUGGUUUCAGCAACCAAGCAUCCACCCUAUCAGAUGACGGUCAAUGCUGUUCGUGCAAAUCUGGCCGACCUGGCCCACCAGGACCUCCAGGAGAAGACGGAAGAAACGGAAGGGAUGGAAAACCAGGACUUAAUGGACCUGAUGGUACUGAUGCUAAAGAUCUGCCAAGAAGAGAUGUUCCAACCCCGUGCUAUGAUUGCCCAGAAGGACCUCCAGGACCACCAGGCCGACCAGGACCAAAAGGACCAAAUGGAAAGAAUGGAAAAGAUGGAUUGCCAGGAGUUCCAGGGCUUCCAGGACAGCCUGGAGACGUGGGAGAACCGGGUGAGCCGGGAGAGGAUGGAGAACCUGGAGAACCGGGAACUGACGGGGAACCAGGAAAAUGCGACGAAGUGAAUGUGGCGCAGGGACCACCAGGGCAGCCAGGACCACCAGGAUUGCCGGGUCCAAACGGUCUUCCAGGAACACCGGGAACUCCUGGACAAGACGGAGAACAAGGACCAGCUGGAGAGCCAGGAAGAGAUGGAAAAGACGGUCAGCCUGGUCGUCCAGGACAGCCAGGACCACCAGGAGAGCCAGGAGCAAGUGGUGGAUGCGACCACUGUCCAACCCCAAGAACAGCUCCAGGAUAUUAA